CGCCUCAGCGGAAAGGUCGUGGGAGUGUUUACGGUGAGGCGCGAGCUGUGCGAAGUGUUUUAAAACGGCGGUCGUUUGUCAGCGAUCAUGCUUUUUUCACACGCAGCAGCCCAGCGACUGUGUCGGGGACUCAGCAGAGAAUGUCUGUGCCGAGUGGCAACGAGCAAAACUGGCAAAACUGGCCGCGCCGCGCGCCUCUUGCGGGACGAGCCGAGAGCUCCUCUGAGUCUGGCCGCGCGCUCUGGCUCGCGCCGCUCCUCCUCCUCCUCCUCCAGCGCGCAGCUGACGAAGGAGCCCCUGAAGCAGUGGACGCUCGUGGUGAACCCGUUCGGCUCCGUCAGAGUUCACCUGCGCUGCAGCAUAUCGGUGAGCCCCCUGGAUCCGCACUCGUUCCCCGAGGCGAACCGCGCCUUCAUCACGGUGCGGGGGACGCGCGCGGACCAGGGGCUCAGGCUGGACAACGUGCGCGUGCGGUACGACGAGCGCGACAAAGAGCUUCUCAUCGUGUCCGAGAACGUCAACAGCAGCGUGUCCGUGGACUUGAGCGCCCCGAUCAAAAGCGACCUCCAUAUUACAACGUCAGGGGACGGGAACGUGAGCAUCCGGAAUAUGGAAUGUGACACCUGUCAGGUCGUGACGGAGAACGGAAACUGCGUCCUGCACUCCAUCAAGAGCCGCGGCGUGGUCGUGCAGUCGGCCGGAGGGAGCAUCAAAGGCACGGGCACCGUUCAUGGGAACGUGGACAUCGGCACAUCUGGAAACGGUGCGGUUGACAUCAAGAAGGUUCAAGGAACGAGAAUGAACGUCUCUACCGAACACGGAUCACUGAACGUUAAGGCGAUCUACGCAGAGUCGACCUGCGUGUCGUCUUCCUCUGGGAAUGUAAAACUGGGAAGCGUUCAUGGCGAUUCGACUGUUCAAAGCGAGAAGGGGAACGUAGUCAUAGACGGGUCCGACGGCUACGUGAGGGUUUCCUCCCGGGAGGGAGACAUCGAUGCCUACGUGGGCCAACGUGGCAGCGCAGAGCUGCGCGCUCAGCAUGGCUCCGUCUCAGUCCGGGUCCCAGCCUCCCUGAGUGCUGCUGUGCUGUUGCACGGAGUCUCAGUGGACAUAAGUCCUGAGGUGGACCUGCAGGAGGUCAAGUGCCGCUCCACUGACACCCACACGACCAUCACUGCUCAUCUGAAUGGAAAGGCUGACGGCGGGCGGCGGAUCGAAGCCUGGGCUGAGAAGGGAGUCGUCAGGUUGAAGACCCAAAGCUGGUUUGAAUCCUUGAAGAUCGAGAGCUACGACAAUACUGGCCAGCAGAUGGGUUAACCCCCGGAGGUCGGGGGAGGGGGGUGGUUGCUGGUUGCUGACGGUUACGCAGUAAUCGCAGCCCAGAGCUACCAAAAGACAGCUCGGGUACUGCGGGCUGCUUUGGGCGUUCGCUGCGUUGUAGGCCCACGCGUGGGACACGGAAGUGAAGAAACGCGGAAACGUUGGGUUCCGCGUUUUCACCUCACGGUGACCGGUGUCUACGGUGACGGUACUGAUCUGGUUUUAACGUUGCGGUGACCAUGCGGUAUAUUUUUAAUUUCGGUACAGAACCUCAGGAAGCCCGACGGCAUGGCAGAUGCCGGCCUUAAGACGGUUUUAUUACGCGUUUGCAGGCAUCGGACCAAGAAAACCUCAUAUUAAAGCAUUUGACUUUGUGGUGGAAAAAACUCUUGUAAAAAAUAAACUUUGCUUCUCAUGCUAACUGGAGAAUAGUAAAUUUGACUUCCAAAGGCUUUACAUCUCCCUGUAGCUCCUCUACUGAAACAAAGGUAAUUAAGUGAGAAGCACACGGUAAAAGAUGAAACAACAUAAAAUAAACUGCUCUGUAGAAAUAAUUCCAAAGUAACGUUUAGUGCUUUAGUGUUCAGGAUUAAUUAAGAUGUUGACAUAAAGAUUUUACUGCUAUAUUAAAAAAAAAUCUUAUAAAGAAUUUUAUGCACUCGGCCCUCGUAUAACGUGGUCCCGUACAAAGGCUUAUGGUGGUUGCUUGGCUUAUGAUGGUGUUCUGUCAGGACAGCGUAAAGGAUCUAUAAAUAAUUGCCAUACAUGAAUGGACUGGCGGGGCGCAGUGGUGCAGUGGGUUGGACCGGGUCCUGCUUUUCGGUGGGUCUGGGGUUCGAG